UUGUAUGCUGAUGAGGCCAUAGUUGUUACUUUUAUCAGUUUUAAACUAACAAAUCAUUGGCCUAGUUUCAGAUUAACUGCUUUUUACCAGACACUGCAGGAACUGCAGCAAGGAUUCUGACACAACUAUCUCCAUUUUUCGUUGCAGUUCGAAGCAGCACCACCAUGAGGGCCUGGACAGUGUUCACGUUGUUGGCCAUCACCUUCUUUGGCAUAUCGGGCACAAGCGCGGUGUUCGUUUCUCAACAUUCGCCGUCAUCAAAUCAAUGGAGCACUUUAAUCAAUCUUCUUGAUGGACAAAACAGAUUCCAUAACUUUCUAGAACUUCUGGAUUCUUCUAAUCUGUUUCCAAAAAUAAACACAUCUUUACAUUUCACGGUGUUUGCCUUCCCUGACUCCGUGUUUGACGGAUUCCCCCCCAACUACAUCCAAGCCCUGAAAGCUGACCAGGUCAAGCUGGACGCCCUCAUCGGGCUACACGUCAUCCUAAACACCGACUAUAUGUUCCACGGCGUCGUGAAUCAAAUCCUUACCUCGUCGAACUUUGAGCACGUGCGGAUUAAUGAGUACAACCUGCUUCACAUCAACACGGCACAGGGCGUUAACGUUACCACAAUGAAUCAAGAGGUCGUUCACGGGCAUGUUCAUAUCAUAGAUGGCAUAAUGAAGGCACCGGUGCCCAUCCUUCCUCAGUACCUAACCACUAGGCCUGAUCUCACGAAAUUCGAUAAUCUCAUUAUUCAGGAAAAUUUGCAAGAUUUUUUUAAGUCGGAUACAACCAGCACCAUCUUUCUACCCAACAACGACGCCUGGGCUAAGCUGAGCCCCCACGUGAUGGAGUACCUGAAUACUCACUCAGCUGAUCUUACAGAGGUUCUCAAAUACCACAUGAGCAAGGCCAGCACCCUGUACAGCAUCGGUAUGAGAAAUAAGCUGACAAUCCCCUCGGCUAACGUACACCAUGAUCAACUAAUGAUCCUUCAGGACGGAAAUGGAGAUUUUUCUAUUGAACACGCUCAACUGAUCCAGAUCGAUAUCAGUUCUGAGACUGGCGUUUUUCACGUCAUCGAUCACGUACUGCUCCCACCUAGGGUGCUGAUUGCUAUGGAAACCAGCGGUAUUGUUUUGGGGUAGCCUGUACCAAGGGCCACUGACACAAUUUUGAGACAAUAAAAUGCUCAUUUUUGAGUAAAA